CGCCUCCUCACCCCCUGCUCCCCGCGCCCCGCUGGGCGCGGUGAGUUUCAGGACUUUCAGCCAGAACGCAGACUUGCUGGCCCUCGUGCCGUCGUGCCCACGGGCACGCCUUGCCUAGCGAGGCAGUUGCCUUUUCCGUUGUUCGCGGGUGGUGGGGCGACCCCGCUGUCGCCGUGCAGCCCCGCCACGUGUAUGAUACCGUGCAGUCGUGAGGUCCCAGCCCUGGCGAGCACUUGGACGCACCGCUCAGAGUGGCGCGGCGCGGCGCCCACCCUUUAAACCAGUCGCCGGCUGUGGCGGUAGGCACAGCUUUCGCCAUUGCAGGCCAAAUUCGGUUUGGCAGGGCAGUGAACGACAUCCGUUUGAGGAGGUUGGCUCUGCUGAAGGUGUGGGAGCGCGAGCUGCGCGACGAGCAGGUCGAGCUGAGGCAAAAAGUUGACCCAGCCGUUGCCCACUUUGCUCGUAAGUCCUCCCUCCUCCUCCUUCGCCUCCUCCGCCUCCUCGACUCCCCUGCUGUUUCUUUUCUGCAGUGCUUCCACCAGGGGCUCCGCGACACUGGUUGCCGAGGGGUCAGGCAUUUUUUCCGAGGGAACGGCGAAUCUGCCCGCUUGGUCGGUUAGCCCGCUCUUGGAGGAGAGCUGCAGAGCCGCAACGAAGAACUCGUCCAGCGAGUCCAGAGGAGCCACCCGCACGCCGCCGAGUUGCGGUCGCAAGGGGCAGAGGCCGAACAGACGGGCUCUCUAGGGCCCGCCCGGCCGUUCGAAGUCUUUAGUUUUGGCCCCAGUGGAAUGGACAACGUAGUAUUCAGCCGCAAAUUCGCCGUGUGGCAGAGUAAGUGUCCGGAGGGAGAGGGCGCCGCUGUGCCCAGCUAGUCCUGGGAGAUCCGGGCGUGUGCUGAUGCAUCGGGCUCUCCGGGGGGGCGCUGCUUCAAUGUCGCGUGGUCUCCUGCAGGGCGUAUCGUGUGCUCAGAUGGUCAUUCUCGCGCAGAUGGUGGCGUCGCAGUCGGCCUUCGGCGAACCGCCUGUGGGCAGCGAGGACGAUUUACGGAAUGCGUAUCACCAGGUAGGCCGCUGCCUCACCCCGGUGCGCGUCGUCCAGCUCUUCUGGGACCCGCAAAGGCGCGAAAUAGUAGGGAGGGAGCUUCUGUCACAAGAUCUCGGCACUGGAGGUGUUGCCACGAACUCAAACGUCGUGUUUUGUUGUCUCCGCGACGUCUUGCGCCGUUGAAUUGUUGGACUUGGGAACCUCCCUGGUCAGCGUUGUCCCCCCGUUUCGUCCUCUGGGGGGUCCUCAAGGUCUUGGAGUACGAUGUGAAGGAGGCGAAAAGCCAACGCGGGACCCACAUGCUUCUCCAGGGGUUAUUUUUUACCUCCCGCUUGGAGGGCCCCGAAGUCGGCAACCGCAGGUGUCGGCGCGAGCCGCUUGCUCGAGAGUGCGAGGAAGUCGCGCGCUCCCGCCCGCAGGCGGGCAGGCGUCCUCGUGCAUCGGUAGGCUCGUGUUCGACUCGCGCGGGCUGCAGGGAAGGCGGGCGCGCGCGCCCGCCGGCUGCUGUUCGACGCUCUCGGACACGUUGAGGCCGCCCAGUGCGCCGGCGAAUGGCCGCAGCAGGCUAGGGUUGCCCUCCGGUUGUGGGCCCACCUGCUGCGGCGCGCGCGCCCGCGCUCCCUGCCUUUGGCCUCGCCGGCCGCGCCCCCGUUGCCAUACUUUACGGCGACGUUGCGCUGUCUUCCCAGUGGGCCGCAGCAAUGCUGGUCUUCCUUGGGGCAGCCCCAGAGGUCCGCGAGGGACUUUCGGUUGUGCUGCCCCGCCAGGUGCUCGAUCAAUUCGGGCCCUGCCGCCAGUAUGUUAUUAAUGGCGCCGAAGCAUGGUGAAUCAGUAAAACCUUGGAGGUGUGGGGCGGUAAAAUUCGCUCGCGUUGCCUCUGCUGCUUUGGCGACAACUCAGCGGCGCUCGCUGGGUGCGUCCGCGGGCACAGCGGGUCACCGCACGUGGCCUGCGUGCGUGGUAGGUGCGGUGCACGAGUUAGUGUGCCAGCGCGGCGUCCGUUGUUGGUUCGAAUGCGUGCACUCCGCUUCCAAUAAUCUGGACGCAGCGUCAACGGAAGAGGGCGAGGACGCCCUCGCCAAGCUCGGGGCCAAGGUCGUCAAAGUUACGCCCUCCUUGACCGUGGACCUGUCCAGGUAUCGCAUCUGCUGGCUACAGG